GUUCGUCGGUGUUUGUAACAUAUAUAGGUGUUACGAUGUCUUCCUUAUUAUUCACAUAUUUGUUAUAUCGUGGGUGAAGGGGUACAGAAGAUAAUAAGGUUGUUAUUGCUAUGGUUCUGGACACACAUUUCUGAACUUCAGUGCUAUACCUAAUGUUGCUAUGGUGUGCAGGUAGUUGAGGCAGAUCUACCUUGGUUAGUGUGGGCGGAUUCGUUAGGGUGUCCGUAGUGGGGAUAGUACCUGUGGGGCUCCCGCUUUAAUUGCCGAUUGUUCAUAAAUACUUGCAGAAUCCAAGACAGAAAAACAAACCGGAGAGCACUACCUACUUCAGGGGUGACCUGGUGACAAGCCUGAUAUAUUCCACAAGCGGUUUGGAGAUCGGGAGCCUAUGGUGGUUCGACGCGGCCUACAGAUGAUGGAACCGGGGAGAGGCGGCCGUUCUCCUCGCCCACAUGCUGAGGGUACAGAUCCACUGAUGCCCUGCUCCCUCCCCAAGACCGGCGGGGGUUAUCCCGGUCAAAUCCUGAGAGGCAACCCUCCUGCAAAAACCCCAAAGGUGGAACCCAGCAGGCAGCGGGAAGACGCAAAGCCAGGUAAAAUGGCUGCCACCACGUGCGCUCAGACCAUGGAGAGGCCUGACCUCAUGGCUCAGUUUGAUGACCUAUUCGACAAGUUCUGGCGAACACUAGCAUCCAGGGAGCAAACCACUAACACAAGCAAACCAGCCACACACUUACCCACAGCGAUUCCGAAGACCUCCCAACACGGGCGCACACCUCUCUGGGCACACAGAGCCCACACAUGGUGCAGAAAACAGCCAAGGCGAAGGGCCGGCAAACCCACGCGACUGACAAUACCAACGGCGGUGCUCCGCCACAACCAACACCCGGCAACAACUAACCUACCGGCAAGGCAUGACAGGGAGAGCCUGCAGCACUUACACCUUACUCCGGGCGCUCAGAUCCGCUCAAAAUCAUCCCGUGUCUGAUAUCACAUCCGCAGGCAGGUCUCGAGUCCUUGGAGGGACUACCAUGCCAACACAGCUGUCCAGGACAUUGCCUGUGCCACUGGUAACCAAAACAACGGGAACCGCGGAAUGGCUCUUAAAGUGGCAUGGGGCCGGCAAUGCGACCAGAAGUGGAUGGCCGGGACACAGCCUCCAUAUGGGACUCUGAUAGCAAACGUGGGGGUAGGGUAAAACCUACGAACAGGCCUGGGUGCAUUGAGGAUAUAAUGAUUUUGUUGCUGUUCUAACUUACAAACCUGUCAUGUAUAUCCCAAUAAGGUAUGCAUGGGGAUUUCCUCCUUACUCACUCUUUUAUCUUUAACCAACACCACUAGGAUUUACUUUAGUACAUUAAGAUAGAGGCACUGGCAACUCACAAGCAGUUAGUCUGUAAGCCUAUCCCAGUACCUUAUCUGCCUCACCUCACAACUGAUGUGCUGAUCUACAAUAAGACACCCAUUUAUGCCAGUCACCCCGCUAUUGUCUAGCGUUGGCAAUCCUACCAGGCGUAAUUUUUGUAAUCAAC